AUGUCCGGCCAAGAAUCGAGGAUCCAGAGUUUGAGUUCGCUGUGCGAGAUAACCUUAAUGAGAAAUCAUCUCAUGCUCCAAAAUGUUGCCAAUAUGCCCUACAGAUUGAUCCGCAACGUUCUCAUGAAGCUGAAAAUGGAUCAUCUGCGUAAGCUAGAAGAGACUAAUGUCUCGCUAAUAUUUGAGGAUGACGAAGUUUGGCUAGAGUUACUCAAGAAGGACUACUCGCUACAUGUGCAUGAAUCAUUUCAUCGGAAACGGGACAAGAUAGUAGAAUUCUACAUCUCUUUUGUUGAAGCGCACGAUCCCGCUUUUCUACAAGACAUGGAACUGAUCAAAAGCUUUCUACGAUUUGCGAUCAAGAAAGAUUCAGAAUCACAGAGGUACAGAGUACCUUCAAGAAUGUUAUACUUCACAUAUCAAGAGGAUACACUGCGAAAACAAGAACUAAGCACACAGCGAUUACGACUGCGAAUGCAACAACUACAGCAAGAAAAGGAGAAAAAUCAAAUUGUGCCCUUAGAAGACCCAGUCUAUUGUGAAAGGAAAACUAAAGGAAGUGGCAGAAGCAAUGAUAGAUCAGGGCCAUAUAUCAAAUCUUAUAAAGAACACCAAAAGCGCCAGCAGCAUUUUAGAAGUGGGGGAUUUGAUGCGACAACGAAGCCCGUGAAGCGGGUGGCAUUUGGUGGUCAAGCGGGUACACCUGCUUCGCAAAGAAAUGAAGCUGAAGCCCAUCACGCUGAGGCGAAAGGCAUCAGCAAAAAUCCGUCAGCUUCGGUAUCAAGAAGUCCGGUACAAUCACAAGUCAAACGACCUGCGACUCCGCCGCGCGGUAAAAAGCCCUCCUCCGAUCAAAAUCCGUUUUUGAAGCGCAGAAAGCCGAUACCGCGGCUCAAAAGUAAAGCUAGCUGUACACCGCCCAUUUUGCCUUCGAAAGAUAGGGAGCCUGUUGUAGUUAAGUUGAACUCCACCAAAAUCAACAAGAAAUCUACACGGUCCAGUAUUUUUGCUGCACCCACGCCACAAGAGAUGGCGUUUGGUCAAGAUGGGAACAAGCCAAACGCCUACAUUUUCGACAGUUCUCAACGCUAG